ACAUCAUGACACUUAUUUGGAGUCUCUGGCUCAAGUGGUUUGAAAGCUAUUGAGGUUUGAAAGCGCGAAUAUCCGUCGAAUAUCGAACUUGAAACUGUCUUAACCUCGGAUAUUCUAACGAGCCCAACACGUAAAGCGGCUAGUCUCCGCCCUGACCGCGUCAGUCAGUCAGUAGGCUACAAUCUUUGUGCAUCACGAACAGACAGGAACAUUGAACUAGCUUGCAGUCAGAAAUAACGGAAAGCUGAGGACCACGCCAGAUCCACAAGGACAUGAUUGCCGCUGCUGCCCUAAAAAACACCCAUCGACAAACCGCUAUAGAAUCUAGGCUGUCAGACAGAUAUCACUAGGCAGGAGCCAUGAUUCCUGUGACAGAGUUCCGGCAGUUCUCAGAGCAGGAGCCAGCAUUCCGGGUUCUGAAGCCCUGGUGGGAUGUGUUCACAGACUACCUCUCUGUGGUCAUGCUAAUGAUCGGGGUGUUCGGAUGCACCCUACAGGUGGUCCAGGACAAAAUCAUCUGCCUUCCACAGAGAAUAUCAAUAGCGAACCAAACAAUAACCUUACCAAAUAAAACCGAGCUGGUCUCACCUGUUGUGUCGCAGGAUGUGCAUGAGAUGAUGGGCCUGAAAACCAACCUGGACCUUCAACAGUACAGCUUCAUAAACCAGAUGUGCUACGAGAAAGCCCUGCACUGGUAUGCCAAGUACUUCCCUUACCUAGUCCUCAUACACACCCUCAUCUUCAUGGUGUGUAGCAAUUUCUGGUUCAAGUUCCCAGGCUCCAGCUCUAAGAUAGAGCAUUUCAUCUCCAUCUUGGGAAAGUGCUUCGACUCCCCCUGGACUACUAGAGCUCUGUCCGAGGUGUCUGGAGAGAACCCAGAGGAGAAGGUAUUGUUGGACAACAAGAACAACAGUGCCAGCAAAGCGAUCCUCAACGUGUCUGUAGAGGGGAACCUGGACAGCCUGGAAAAGACCCAGUCCCUCAAAUCCAUCCCAGAGAAGAUCGUAGUGGACAAGCCCACAGCCAGCGCCCUGGAUAAGAAGGAAGGAGAACAGGCCAAAGCUCUGUUUGAGAAGGUGAAGAAGUUCCGCCUGCACGUCGAAGAGGGGGACAUCCUCUAUGUUAUGUAUGUUCGUCAGACUGUUCUCAAAGUGUUCAAGUUCCUCCUCAUCAUCGCGUAUAACAGUGCUUUAGUCUCUGAGGUGCAGAUCACAGUGAAGUGCAGUGUUGACAUACAGGACAUGACGGGAUAUAAGCAUUUCUCCUGUAAUCACACCAUGGCCCACUUGUUCUCUAAGUUGUCGUACUGUUACCUGUGCUUCGUGGCUGUGUACGGAUUCACCUGCCUCUACACUUCCUACUGGCUCUUCUACCGCUCGCUGAAGGAGUACUCCUUUGAAUACGUGAGGCAAGAAACGGGAAUCGAUGACAUCCCAGACGUGAAGAAUGACUUUGCCUUCAUGCUGCACAUGAUCGACCAGUACGACCCACUGUACUCCAAAAGGUUCGCAGUGUUCCUGUCUGAGGUGAGUGAGAACAAACUGAAACAGCUGAACCUGAACCAUGAAUGGACGCCAGAGAAGCUGCGUCAGAGACUGCUGACCAACCAUAACAACAGACUGGAGCUGCAGCUCUUCAUGCUGUCUGGGCUCCCGGACACCAUCUUCGAGGUGACAGAGCUCCAGUCCCUGAAGCUAGAGAUCAUCAACAACGUAACCAUCCCAGCUUCCAUCGCCCAGCUGGAAAACCUCCAGGAGCUGUCUCUGUAUCAGUGUUGCUUAAAGAUCCACACCACAGCCACUUCCUUCCUCAAGGAUAACCUUAAGGUGCUCAGGGUAAAGUUUGAUGACAGCAGGGAGCUGCCUCAUUGGCUGUACCACCUACGGAAUCUAGAGGAGCUCUACCUCAUUGGCUCACUGAGUCCUGACGCUUCUAAGAAUGUGGUUCUGGAGUCUCUAAGGGAGCUGAAGAAUCUGAAGACCCUGUCGCUCAAAAGUAACUUUACAAAGAUCCCCCAGUCCAUCGUGGACGUGUCCAGCCACCUGCAGAGACUGUACGUUUACAACGAUGGCACCAAGCUGGUGAUGCUCAACAACCUGAAGAAGAUGGUGAACCUGACUGAACUGGAGCUGGUGCACUGUGACCUGGAACGCAUCCCACAUGCUGUCUUUAGCCUCACGAACCUACAGGAGUUGGACUUGAAGGAAAACAACCUGCGCUCCAUUGAGGAGAUAGUCAGCUGCCAGCACCUCCACAAACUGACGUGCCUGAAACUCUGGCACAACAGUAUCUGCUACAUCCCUGAGCACAUCAAGAAGCUGGGCAGCCUGGAGCGCCUCUACUUCAGUCACAACAAGAUAGAGAUCUUGCCCUCGCACCUGUUCUUAUGCAACAAGCUUCGUUACCUGGAUCUGUCCAACAACGACAUCCGGUUCAUUCCGCCGGAGAUCGGUGUCCUACAGAGUCUUCAGUACUUCUCUGUUACGUGCAACAAGAUUGAUAACCUCCCAGACGAGCUCUUCUUUUGCAAGAAGCUCAAAACCCUCAAGCUGGGCAAGAAUACGCUGUCGUUGCUCUCACCAAAGAUCUCAUACCUGGUUCUAUUGACACACCUGGAACUGAAGGGCAACCAUUUUGAGCUCCUGCCUCCAGAGCUGCGGUUCUGCCGGGCAUUGAAGCGUGGCGGCCUAGUGGUGGAGGACAUCCUGUUUGAAACCUUGCCUUCGGAUAUCAGAGACAAAAUGAAGGCUGAGUGAAAUGCCUUACAGAAUCUGUGCAAAAGGCCCUGCGAUACAUUAGCAUCCUGUCCAGGGGGUGUACUUGUAUAUCAAGCUGCCUCACAUUACAUAAACAGGAGAUUGGCUCCUGCCCUAUGGGCCUAUCUGGCUCGGACAAAGCAAGUUACUUAUAUGUGCAAAAAAAAAAAGCCAAUCUUGUCUUAAUCUGACAAUCAUAGUCUACCAAAAUUGUAGAUUUUACUGUAUACUUAGUUUAUCAUGAUCAAACUCUAAGCAGUAUACUGUUCUGAGGUGGAAAUUGUGAUAUUCAUGCACAGCGAAUUCUCCAGUGUUAAAUCAACACUUACAGUGACAAUUUUUCUAUACGGGUCCACACGAUUAACACUUUUAGUGUUAUGCAAUAACACUUCAUAUAGUAUUUUUAACACUAGGAAGUGUAUAUAGUUUACACUAAUGGUGUUAUGCAAUAACACCUCAUAUCGUAUUUUUAACACUAGGAAGUGUAUAUAGUUUACACUAAUGGUGUUAUGCAAUAACACCUCAUAUAGUAUUUUUAACACUAGGAAGUGUAUAUAGUUUACACUAAUGGUGUUAUGCAAUAACACCUUAUACUGUAUUUUUAACCAUUACGCAAAGAGGUCUGUAUCUGUUGACAAGGUCGCUGGUGUUGGAUUAAGGAGAUUACAAUAACGUCUUUAAAGCAUUUACAAAGACUUCAGGACUGGCAGCAGACAUAUUCAAACUUGAAUAAGUAUAACCAUAGACCACUUAAACUGAUACAACACUUCCAUUCAUGGGUGCCAAAAACAAUGAAUUUAAAGCCACGCCUCAACUAAGCCACACCUCCAAUAUAAUUUCCCAGUGCCUUGCCUUUUCAAGUUAAUUGUAGAUUUACCACCCAUGACAGUAUUUGUUAGUGGCAGAGACAUGGUUGUUGAAUUUAUUAAUUUCACUCCUGUGGACUUCCCACUAGAGGUGAAUGUUAUCAUUAAAAUGUAAUGCUUUAGGACAAUACAUUAAAUAUAUAAGGCCUUACUUUCAUGGCCAAGUUUUACCCUAACACAGUGGUGUUAGGACAAUCCUGGUUUAGAGGCCACAUCUGCAAGUCACAUUAUGCAGGCUUGCAAAGUGAUGUAAUUCCUAUACGAAACCAGAUUUUUUAUCAUUCAGAAUGAAUGUAAGGGUUAGGAACAUUGUGAGGAGACUACCUAAGUCAGGGAUGGGCAACUCCAGUCUUCAGGGUCCAGAUGGGUGUCACAUUUUUCCCUUUCCCUAGCAAACACAGCUGAUUAAACUAAUUACGUUCUAAAUUAGCUAGGGCAAAAUGUUGACACCAAUCAGGCCCCUUGGGGCCCGAGUUUCCCACCCCUUAUCUAAACCAUUUAAACUGGAACAGCCAUUUAAGUAAUAGUUGCAUUUAUUGCAUUCAUCUGAUUGGAUUAGUUGAGAAAAAUGUAUGUUAUUUAAAAAUCAUAUUUGUGUACAAUAAUAUUAAUCAAUCAAUGUACAUGCAAAAACACAGAUAUUAAAAACAAUCCUAAAAAUGACUCCCUCCAGUAGAGCAUGCUGGGAAAUGUGAUAAUGAUGGGCAUGGUUUUAUUGGGAAUGUUUUACUCUCCACAGAGUAAAACUGACAGAGAGUAAAACAGACACAAUCACAUUCUCACACUUAACAUUGGAUAUAAACACUAACACUGGGGUUAUUUUACACUACUGAGUGUUCAUUUCAGAUUUAAUUUAACUCCUGAAUCAACACUAGAAAUGUUACACUGAAAAAUCUACACUAGGUAACACUGGCCAAUUUGCUGAGUGGGUGUAUGUUUUGAGUAAUAUGUCUAAGUGUUACUUCAUGUCAGAAGGGAAUAUGGCUUUGUGAUGUAAUUAAAUGGUUCUUAACAAUAUAAUUAGUCACAGGAAAGGUAUAUUUUGUAAUGGCGCGUUGUUCAUCCGCACCUGCCCGCAAUUACUAAUAACCCAUCCGCAACCGCCCGUCUAUAUGUGAUAAAGUGAAUAUCUAACUUGCUAAUAUAAACAAUGUGCUGUAGGAUAGUGUGAGAUGCCGGAACGAUUUGACAGGGGGUGCAGGAUUCUGUUUUGCCUGAUUUAGAUAUGUUUCUGCUUAUAAUUUCAAACAUUUUGGUAGGCUAUUUGUUAUUCAACUUGUCAUUAGGCCUAUAUGUUGCCCUAGAAGACUAAAUAAACCUUUGAUCACCAGAAUAAUGUCAUACAUUGAUAGAAAUAAUGCUUCAAUCUAGUUGACAUGGGUAAAAAAGAUUCUCUGUGCAACAUCUCCAAAUGACAUCAGUUUGACCGGUUCUAAGGAAAUAGAAAAGUGUGAAAAUGACCCUGAAAGAAAGAAAUCUAAUUUCUCCACUCUUGUUCCCAAGUUCAAAUUUUGCUUACAUUUGAUGUAUCAUUUUACUUAAAUAAAUGCUUAAUUCUGCAGGAGUUAAUAUUAAGUCUAUGUGAGAGGUUAUAGACUUACAGUCAGUGUUCAGAUUUCAGUUUCCAUUUAACUCAUCUGAACAGUAGGCUACAGUUCCCUUGACGUGCCAUAGGCCUAUUUGAAGUCCAUCUUGUGACUGUGGAAUUUGUAUAGCGCCUCACAAUCACCACACACAACAUUGCCAGCACCGCUAUCAUCCUCUCUAAACACUUCACCAAUUCUUUCCCAAACAUUACUUUUCUUGGCUCUCUCUUCUCUUUAUUUUCAACUCUCCAUUUCACAGCUUUUCUCUUAUUGAAUUAAAGUCCGACAUUGGCCUUUUUGCCUCCAUGGAUAGAUGUUUACUUUUUUCUGCCCAUUCCCAAGUGCAUUUGGGGUUUGCCGUGUAGGCUAUUUGGUACGCUACAGUUAGGCCCUAAAGAUUAAGCUUAUGCACCAAUGCCAGAUAGCCUAAAAUAAUGAAAGAAAAAUGUCAAUGUAGCCUAUAGAUAUACAUUUCACAAGAAUGAUAGGUUACAUUUUCAGAUUUUUUAAGGUAUUGUUUUCCUUUUAAUCAAGCCGCCUGCUACCCACCCACCCUUCAUCCGCACAAUAUUUCAUGACCUUAAACCCACCCGCCCCGCGGAUAUAAUCGCGGGGACUGCGGGUUAUGAGUCAACCCGCGCAUCACUAAUACUUAGCCUGGCUACCCGUCUAUUUGUGCUAAGAUUUGACUCCUUGUACUCUGUGUCAUAUGCCAAACAUAAUGUUUGUGGAAUGAUAGUACAAACAGAUCUGGGACCAGGCUAAGGAAUACUGUCUAUCAGAGGAACUCAACAACAGGAUUGCUUGUUCUUGUAUUGUUGAUAUUGUUACUUAUUACACUUGUUAUACCGUAUUAUGCAGUGUCUAGCAUAAGCUUCAAUGAACAUACACUGGAUAGAAUGUAAGCCUAUAAUCAGAAAGAUUGGAUUUAUACAAUAAUCCAAAUAUUGAAUGUAUUAUCCUGAAGGGCCUCAUAUUUGGACUUAAUUUACUGUCCAAAGAUAUUCUAAAAUAGAUAUACUAAAAUGUUUUUUGAAAUAACUUUUCUACUCAGUCUCUAUAUUAUGUAGUACUCGGAUAAUGAAAGUGCUUUAUAUAACAGUGUAGUUGGCUACAAGUGAAAUGUGGACUCAGCUGUAACUGUUUGUCAAUAGCCUGUGGCAAGACCAUAUUUAUCAGGAGGGAUAGCUAGUUUUAGUUAGUCACAGCUUACACAAGCUAAAAAAGACCAGCCAUGUUGUAAUUAACAUAUUUUGCACACGCCUUAUAGAUAGAGAGAACAAUAAAGUCCACGCCUUAGACAUUACAGUGUAUCAUAAUCAGAGCUGUAGAUCACUGCAAAGGUGCCAUGGUUAGCUGCUAUCUUAAUUUAUAAAAACAGUAUCCCUACCGUAUUUAGGGCGUUAUAUUCUAAGGUUAAAUAUUCCAACCAUAUUAAUACAGAUGGUAAUGAGAGAAAGAUAACAAAAAGGCAUAUCUUUUGUACAUAUUUUUUUAUCAGAUCAUCUUUGCUGUGUUUGGUUCUUCAUGUUGAUUAAUAAAAACAGCCAGAUGGCAGCUGCUUUAAAUGUGGCACAAACA